UUCGGUUAGGGUUGUAGUUGUUUUAGGGGGUCAUUGUCCUUAGGUGACAGUUUAGAAGGUGUUUUUUUAAUUAAAAAUAUUUGUAUCGUGGGCUUUUUUUUUAGUUUGAAACUUUACUCAUCUUUCUGAGGUUAUAUACAACAGAACGCCAACUUUAUUUGGUUUUACUUCAGAGAGUAAAAUAACCGACAAUAUGGCUACCGAGUCUCCGUUGAAGGCUUUGUUUGAAAACAAGACCAUAGUCAAGACUAAGAAGGAUGGCAAGAGACUUUCAGUGGAAAGGAUUUAUCAGAAAAAAACGCAGCUGGAGCACAUUCUCCUGCGUCCAGACACCUACAUUGGCUCUGUGGAGCCUGUCACGCAGCAAAUGUGGGUUUUUGAUGAAGAGGCUGGAUUAAAUAACAGAGAAGUGACAUUUGUUCCAGGGUUGUACAAGAUUUUUGAUGAAAUCCUUGUGAAUGCCGCGGACAAUAAGCAAAGAGAUAAGAACAUGAACUGCAUCAAAAUUAACAUUGACCCGGAGAACAAUACAAUUAGCGUGUGGAAUAAUGGGAAGGGCAUUCCUGUUGUGGAGCACAAAGUUGAAAAAGUGUUUGUGCCCGCACUCAUCUUUGGGCAGCUGUUGACCUCUAGCAACUAUGAUGAUGAUGAAAAGAAAGUUACAGGUGGUAGGAAUGGGUAUGGUGCCAAGCUGUGUAACAUCUUCAGUACCAAGUUUUCAGUGGAGACAGCCUGCCGGGAGUCCAAGAAGACUUUCAAGCAGACCUGGUUUGAAAACAUGGCAAGAGCUGGGGAGCCAAAGAUCCGGCCUUUUGAAGGAGAGGACUACACCUGCAUUACUUUCCAGCCUGAUCUCCCUAAAUUCAAAAUGCAGUCUUUGGAUAAGGAUAUCGUGGCACUGAUGUCAAGAAGAGCACACGAUAUCGCUGGGGCAUCAAAGGGUGUCAAAGUUUUUCUCAAUGGGAAAAAACUGCCCGUGAAUGGAUUCCGUAGUUAUGUUGACCUUUAUGUUAAAGAUAAAGUGGAUGAGCUGGGUGCACCUCUUACAAUAGUUCAUGAAACAGUCAAUGAGCGCUGGGAUGUGUGCUUGACGCUGAGCGAGAAGGGCUUCCAGCAAGUCAGCUUCGUCAACAGCAUCGCCACAACCAAGGGUGGUAGGCAUGUUGAUUAUGUGUCUGACCAGAUCGUAAACAAACUUAUCGAAGUGGUGAAAAAGAAGAAUAAAGCUGGUGUAACAGUUAAACCCUUUCAGGUGAAGAAUCACAUGUGGCUGUUUGUGAAUUGUCUGAUUGAGAACCCCACCUUUGACUCCCAGACCAAGGAGAACAUGACGCUGCAGAGUAAGAGCUUUGGCUCCAACUGUUCACUGAGUGAGAAGUUCAUAAAGGCGGCUGUUGGUUCUGGCAUUGUGGAGAGCAUUAUGAACUGGGUCAAGUUCAAAGCACAAAACCAGCUGAACAAAAAGUGCUCCGCUGUUAAGCAUACCAAAAUCAAGGGAGUACCUAAGCUGGAUGAUGCUAAUGAUGCAGGUGGCAAACAUUCUGGUGGCUGCACUUUAAUUCUGACUGAGGGAGAUUCGGCCAAAACGUUGGCCGUGUCUGGUCUUGGUGUGGUUGGCCGAGAUCGUUUUGGUGUGUUUCCCCUCCGAGGUAAACUCCUAAAUGUUCGUGAAGCAACACAUAAGCAGAUCAUGGAAAAUGCUGAAAUUAAUAAUAUCAUCAAAAUUGUGGGCCUUCAGUACAAGAAGAACUAUGAUGAUCCAGAAUCCCUAAAAACCCUGCGUUAUGGGAAGGUCAUGAUCAUGACAGAUCAGGAUCAAGAUGGAUCACAUAUUAAGGGGCUUCUUAUUAAUUUUAUUCACCACAACUGGCCUUCACUGCUGAGACACAAUUUCUUAGAAGAAUUUAUUACACCCAUUAUUAAGGCUUCUAAACAAAAGCAGGACCUUUCCUUCUACAGCAUUCCAGAAUUUGAAGAAUGGAAAAACAAUCAGGAGAAUAUCAAAGCUUGGAAAAUAAAGUACUACAAAGGUCUGGGUACCAGCACAUCUAAAGAAGCAAAAGAGUAUUUUGCUGAUAUGGAAAGGCACCGGAUUCCUUUCAAAUAUUCAGGUCCUGAAGAUGAUGCUGCGAUCACCUUGGCCUUUAGUAAGAAGAAGGUGGACGAUAGAAAGGAGUGGCUUACCAACUUUAUGAAUGACAGGCGUCAGAGGCGACUCCAUGGCUUGCCAGAGGAUUAUUUGUAUGGGCAAGCAACUAAACACCUCACUUACAAUGACUUUAUUAAUAAAGAGCUAAUUCUGUUCUCCAACUCUGACAAUGAGAGGUCCAUUCCUUCCAUAGUGGAUGGUGUAAAACCAGGUCAGAGAAAAGUGCUGUUCACUUGCUUUAAAAGGAACGACAAGCGAGAAGUGAAGGUGGCCCAGCUGGCAGGGUCUGUGGCUGAAAUGUCAGCUUACCAUCACGGUGAGAUGUCUCUUAUGAUGACUAUUAUAAACUUGGCUCAGAAUUUUGUCGGCAGUAACAACUUGAAUCUCUUGCUACCCAUCGGUCAGUUUGGCACACGCUUACAUGGUGGCAAAGAUGCUGCUAGUCCUCGAUACAUCUUUACCAUGCUUAGCUCUCUGGCUCGGCUCGUCUUCCCAGCUGUGGAUGAUAACUUACUGAAGUACAUGUAUGAUGACAAUCAGAAGGUGGAGCCCGAGUGGUACAUCCCCAUUAUCCCAAUGGUCCUUAUCAAUGGAGCAGAGGGCAUAGGGACUGGAUGGGCCUGCCGACUUCCUAAUUUUGACGUGAAGGAGGUUGUCAACAAUGUUCGUCGCAUGCUAGAUGGAGAUGAACCACUUCCCAUGCUUCCCAGCUUCAAGAAUUUCAAAGGAACCGUCCUGGAACUCGGCCCAAAUCAAUACAUUAUCAGUGGGGAAGUGUCGGUGCUGGAUUCAACCACUGUGGAAAUUACAGAGUUGCCGGCUAAAACGUGGACUCAGAUUUACAAAGAACAGGUUUUAGAACCGAUGUUGAAUGGGAGUGAGAAGACCCCACCUCUAAUUACGGAUUACAAGGAGUACCACACGGACACCACGGUUCGCUUUGUGGUGAAGAUGACUGAAGAGAAACUGGCGGAAGCAGAGGCUGCUGGACUGCACAAAGUCUUCAAGCUUCAGACGUCGCUCACUUGCAACUCAAUGGUACUUUUUGACCACAUGGGUUGUCUGAGGAAAUAUGAAGUAAUUCAAGACAUUCUAAAAGAAUUCUUUGAAUUAAGGAUGAAAUACUAUGGUCUGCGCAAGGACUGGCUUCUGGGUGUUUUGGGUGCGGAAUCCUGUAAAUUGAGUAACCAAGCACGCUUCAUUCUGGAGAAGAUUGAGGGCAAGCUUGUCAUUGAGAACAAGCCAAAGAAGGAGUUGAUCCAGAUGUUGGAGAGAAUGGGAUACGAUUCGGAUCCAGUGAAGGCCUGGAAAAAGUCACAGGAAAAGGCUGAAGAGGAACCAGAAGCUGAAGAGAAUGCAGAGACGGUCACAUCUGGUCCAGACUACAAUUACCUGCUCAGCAUGCCCAUGUGGUACCUAACCAAAGAGAAGAAAGAAGAGCUAUGCAAACAGCGGGAUGUCAAGGAGCAAGAGUUGAACACCUUGAAAAGAAAAAGUGCGACGGAUUUGUGGAAAGAGGAUCUGGCAGCGUUUCUCGAGGAAUUAGAACGGGUUGAGGCUCAGGAACGGGAGGACGCCGCUGUUGGAGUCAAAGUUGUUAAGGGCAAAGUGGGCAAGUCCAAGGUGGUGAAGUUGGCCCAACAGGAGGUCAUGCCUUCCCCCCAGGGACGUAGGGUGGUGCCACGCAUCACCACUGCCAUGAAAGUUGAUGCCACCAAGAAGGCUAGAAAGAAGGUUAAGACUGAAGAUGGAGUUGUCAUGGGGAUACAGUUUGAUGAAGGUGGAAAUGAUGAGAACGACUGCAGCAUCCCAUCUCAAGAUGGAGACAGCCUCGCCUCCAAAGUGGCCAGGAAAAUCAAAAGAGAACCAAAAGAACCAGGCCAGAAAACAAAAAAACAAACCAAGCUGCCAUUUAAACCUUUAAAGAAGAAGAAAAAUCCGUGGUCAGACUCUGAAGGAGAAUCGGACCUGAGUGAUACAGAAGUGGCUCCUCGAGAGGCCGUACAGAAGAGAGCUGCAGCUGCAAAAGCGAAGCUGACAAUCGACUCCAGCGAUGAGGAGUUUGAAACCGUUAACAAAGAGAAAGAGAGUAACGAAGAUGAUGAUGAUGACGACGACGACGACUUUGUGCCCAUUAACUCUCCAGACUCCCCUCCACAAUUCUCUAAACCAAAGCCCAAGAAGAAGCAGCCAGUUAAGGAAUCUUCUCCAUUGGCCGAAAUUGUGGAGGAAAGCGUGCAAGAAAAAACUGAAGUACCAGCAGUGCCACCUGUUCAGAAAACGGCGGGCAAGAAGACGCUUGGUAAAAAGCCAGCGCCCAAAAAGAAGGCUGCAGAUGACAAGCAGCCCUUGAUAUCGACAGCCCUGACAAAGAUGAAGGGGACUUCAAAAACUGCAGAGAAGACGGCGGCAACUGCAGCGUCCAGUUCAAAUGACUCAGAGGUUGAGAAGGCCAGUGUGGAAAAGAAAGCCAAGGUGGUCUCCAAGAAGACCACUGCAGCUAAACCCAAGCUGGUCCGUAAGAGGAAGCCCUCUUCAUCUGAAGAUGAGGGAGAAGACCUUGCGUCCAGGCUCACCUCCAAGAAGUUCAAGCAGGAUGAUGAAAGCUUUAACGUUGACAUCGACUGUGAGCCUGUGGCACCUCGAGCCCGUGAGCGCCGAGAGAAGAAGGUCGUCAGAUAUAACUUUGAUUCCUCUGAUGAGGAGGAGGAGUAGUUGUCCUGCACCCCCACUUGAUUGUUGAACUUUAUUGGAUUUGUUUGUUCAGUUUGUUGCGGUUUGGUUUGCCAGGAACUCGAAGUUUAAACAGAAGACUUUUUACAACAUGAAUUUCAAGCUGAUCUGGGGGGGCUUUGCUGAGCAGACUCGCCUGGGCUGACCGUCACCCGCUGCCUCUGCCCCCCGUUUGUGAGGUUUAGUGUUCAUUUUUAGGACCCUUUUUGUUUCUUCAGUUUGGAUUUUUUCAAAUCCCGCCACCCCCCCCCCC